CGAUUACUACUAACUACUAGUAUACCUCCUCCCAUUACAUUACCUAUCGCGAUCUUAGAUCAUUUAUCAAUUCAUUAAAAGUCUCCAAAAGUUCUCUUCCUCUUCUCACUAUCAAGUCUUCUUCUUCUUCUUCUUCUUCUUCUUCAUCGUCUCUCUCGCUCUCAGUCUGUGACUUAUCAGAUCCGCCGAGUCUUUCCUUUUUUCUCUCCAUCUAAUCAAUCGAUUCCGCAAACCCUAGCUUCGUAGAUCUUAGAUCUGCUCAAAUCCAUGGCGUCUUCACCCGGUAACACUAACCCCAACAAUCCUCCGCCGUUCGAUCUCGGUACUCUCUUCAAACCUUCGUCGAGCCCUUUCCCCACGCCGCCGGCGUCUUACCCUCCCCCCGCGGGUCCCUUUCUCCAGCAACCCUACGCUCCUCCUCCUCCGCAACAAGAAGCCGCGCCUUCCUCUUCGAGUAGCCUCCUCCAACAACAGAGAUCACUCCCUUUCCCCUCGCCGCCUCUGAAUCUCCUCCAUUCGCCGUCGCCGUCGCCGUCGCCGCGCACUAGCGCUAAUCACAAUCCCGGCACACACAUCCUGGCUCUCCUCAACAACAACGGCGGCGUGAACAAUCAAGAUCCGCCGCCGCAGCAGCAUCAGGCUCCCGAGAUCCGCUCGUUUCCUUCGGGUCCUCUUCGCGUGCCGAGCUGUAAGCUUCCAAGAGGGAGGCGGUUGAGCGGGGAGCACGCUGUGUACGAUGUCGACGUGAGGUUACACGGCGAGAUUCAGCCUCAGCUCGAGGUGACUCCGAUUACUAAAUACGGGUCGGAUCCUCAGCUUGUUGUGGGUCGUCAAAUCGCAGUGAACAAGAUCUACAUAUGCUAUGGAUUGAAAGGAGGAAACAUUCGUGUUCUCAAUAUUAACACCGCGUUGAGAGCUUUAUUCCGAGGCCAUUCUCAGCGAGUGACAGACAUGGCCUUCUUUGCUCAUGAUGUUCAUCUCUUGGCUAGUGUUAGCUUAGAUGGAAAAGUUUUCGUGUGGAAAAUAUCUGAAGGCUCUGAGGGAGAUGAUGACCCUCAGAUAACUGGGAAGAUUGUUCUUGCUCUUCAGAUACUUGGUGAGGAAGACACCAAACAUCCACGUGUUUGUUGGCACUCCCACAAACAGGAAAUUUUGGUGGUUUCAAUUGGUAAACACGUCCUCCUAGUUGAUACUACUAAAGUUGGCAGAGGUGAAGUAUUCUCGUCUGAGUCUCCGAUUCAGUGCCACCUUGAUAAAUUGGUUGACGGUGUGAAGAUUGUUGGCAAGCACGAUGGAGAGGUUACAGAUUUAUCUAUGUGCCAGUGGAUGAUCACACGCCUCGUUUCUUCCUCUGUUGAUGGCACGGUUAAGAUUUGGCAAGAUUUCAAGGCCCAACCAGUUGCAGUUCUGAGACCUCAUGAUGGCCAUCCAGUCAAUUCGGCAACAUUUGUGACAUCCCCUGAGAGAUCUGAUCACGUCAUUCUCAUCACUGGGGGUCCUCUAAAUCGAGAGAUGAAGAUUUGGGUCCCGACUGGUGAAGAAGGAUGGCUCCUGCCAGCUGAAUCUGAGUCAUGGAAUUGUACUCAGAAACUUGAUUUGAAAAGUUCAACUGAGCCACGAGCGGAGAUGGCGUUUUUCAACCAAGUUAUAGCCUUGUCUGAAGCAGGCCUCCUCUUGCUUGCAAAUGCGAAAAGGAACGCCAUAUAUGCUGUGCAUUUGGACUAUGGCGCAUCUCCAGCUGAUACAAGGAUGGACUACUUGUCUGAGUUUACAGUCACUAUGCCGAUAUUAAGUUUUAUCGGGACUAAUGAUCCUCCAGAAGAAGCCGUUGUUAAGGUUUAUUGUGUUCAGACGCAAGCAAUCCAGCAGUAUACAUUAGACUUAUCCUUGUGUUUGCCUCCUCCUAUAGAGGAGAAUGUGGGUUUGGAGAAGUCAGAUUCUAGUGUUUCGCGGGAGGCUAAUUUGGUUGAAGGCAUAUCAAAACCAUCUGGAAUGAAGCUUACAGAUUUACCUUCAGUUGAUUCAGUGCCUAAACCAUCUAUUUUAGUGAAUAGAUCGAAAGGUGCUAAUACUUCGACUUAUCCGGCGGGUUCUGCAUCUGUGGAGACGACAGCACCAGUACUUGUUUCAUCCAACGGUGAGCCUAAAGCUUCUGGCCUGCUAUCUGAGACCAGUGCUGCAGGGUCGACGUAUGCUACUUCACCCCAGCUUCCUCUAAGUCCCAGACUAUCAAGUACGCUUUCUGGCCAUCAGACUCCUGUGGAUGUUAUUGAGCCAAUGCUACCACAUCAUGAACUCGGUGGCCAAGGACCUUCUUCUGUAUAUUCUGUUGAUAGGCAACCAGAUCCUGUUAAAGAAAGAAAUUUGGAGGAAAGCUCAAGAAGCAAGGACAAUGAUGUUACGCCUGAUGAUGAUGUGUCUGGGAUGCGAACCGCACAAGCUUUCUUCAAGCAUCCCACGCAUCUUGUAACUCCUUCGGAGUUUUUGAUGCGCGUUCCGUCUACUGAAGCUUCCAUUACCACUGAUGACAAAAGGGAUAGAGAUGCAAAUAUCCAGGACGUCAAUAUUGAUUCAAGAGACACAGAAGUUGAGGUAAAAGAAGUAGGGGAAUCAAGUUCGACGCAGAAUGGUGAAAUCAAUUACAGUGAUGAAACUGAGCAUCGCACUUCAGUAAAUACAGAAAAAACCUUUUACUCACAGACUACGAACCUGAGCACUGAGAUGGCAAGAGACUGUUAUCCUGGUACAGAGUUAGAGGAAUCUAAGGCUUAUGAACAGUCUGUACAAGCCGGGGAUAAUCUUGACUCGAGAGAUGUGUCUGGAAAGCUUCCUGAGUCGGUUUCAUCAAUUGGGCUUUCACAGUCAGCCGCUACAAACAAAGGGAAGAAGCAGAAGUCCAAAAGCUCACAAGGUCCCGGAUUGUCAUCUACAUCCUCAAAUGUUGCUAAUUUGGCUGAUACCUACAAUGAGCAAACUCAGAGUUCAAGCCAACCUAUCUUAGCUUUGCAAGAAACAAUGAAUCAGAUGAUGGUUUCACAGAAGGAGAUGCAGAGACAACUGUCCAAUGCUGUCAAUGGCCCUGUUACUAAAGAAGGUAAAAGACUAGAAGUGGCUUUAGGGAGAAUGAUUGAGAGAUCCAGCAAGUCAAAUGCUGAUGCUCUUUGGGCCCGCUUACAAGAGGAGAUCGUUAAGAAUGAAAAGGCAAUGCGUGAUAAUUCACAGCAAAUUGUGAAUGCAGUGACAAACUUCAUGAGCAAAGAGUUAAAUGCAUUGUUUGAGAAAACGAUAAAGAAGGAGUUUGCUACAAUGAUUCCAGCCCUAGCUCGUGCGUUGUCACCAGCUAUUGAAAAAACUGUAUCUUCCUCAGUCACAGAGUCCUUCCAGAGAGGACUUGGUGACAAAGCAGUCAAUCAGCUUGAUAAAUCUGUUAAUUUAAAGCUUGAGGCAACCAUAACUAAGCAAAUUCAAACCCAAUUUCAGACAUCUGGCAGGCAAGCCCUCCAGGAAGCUCUUAGGUCGGGUCUGGAGGCCUCGCUCAUACCUUCCUUUGAGAGGUCAUGCAAGACCAUGUUUGAGCAAGUAGACGCAGCCUUCCAGAAAGGGAUGGCCGAGCACACAAACGCAGCCCAACAACGGUUUGACGCUGGACACUCCCAACUUGCUCAUACUUUAAAGGAAACCAUUACUUCUGCGUCGUCAGUUACUCAAGCAUUGAGCCGUGAAUUAGCGGAGAGCCAAAGGAAUCGCUUGGCUCUCGCCGCCGCUGGAGCAAAUUCUAGUGGAUCAAACACCUUGGUUUCUCAACGAAGUAGUGGACCUUUGGGUGCUCUUCUUGAAAAGGUUGAAGCAGACCCAAUAACAGAAUUAUCAAGGUUGAUAUCGGAACGCAAAUAUGAAGAAUCAUUUACUUCAGCUUUACAGAGAAGCGAUGUCUCCAUAGUAUCAUGGCUUUGCUCACAGGUGGAUCUGCGUGGACUACUGGCGAUGAACCCGCUUCCUCUAAGCCAAGGCGUUCUUCUGUCACUGCUGCAACAGCUAGCCUGCGACAUCAGCAAGGACUCAUCCCGUAAGCUUGCAUGGAUGACCGAUGUGGUUGCAGCAAUUAACCCAUCAGACCCGAUGGUAGCUGUCCAUGGUCGUCCAAUCUUUGAGCAAGUGUAUCAGAUUCUGCACCACCACCGCAACGCACCAGGCAGCGACGUCUCUGCCACGAGACUUAUAAUGCACGUGAUAAACUCCAUGCUUAUGGCCUGCAAAUGAGACAAUCUCUCUCUCUCUCUCUCUCUCUUUGUUCUCUUUCGCCUUGUUCGUUGCUUAUUAUAAAAAAAAAACAUAGGAACACAAGAAUCUCUACUCGUGUCUGUGUAUCUCUACGUUUGUCAGAUUUUUGAUCAUCUUUUCAUUUUUGGUUUGAAUUUUGUAUUUUCCUUGUCAUUUUUCUUUUAAGUGUAUAAUCUGGUUGUGUCAUAUACGUUUCCUCAAGUUGAUCUUAUGUAAAAAACAAAACCAAUGUUUUGGAGGUUUUCUUUCAAAACACACAGGCACGUAUUUGUUUCUGUUCCUGUC